UAAAUAUAUAAUUUUAAAAUUGAUCACAUUUUUAAUAUAUAUAAUAUUCUAGUUUAAUUAUGUAACGUUUUGUAGAAAACAAUGCUUUAAAUAACAAUGUGAAUUUGUCCGUAAAUAUUAAAUGAAACGUUUCGAAAAAUUAUGUUCAACACACAUAUCUAUAUAUAUCUAUAUAAGUCUGUGUCCCAACCUCCAUCUCGAUAAUUCUAAAAUUUCGAAGCAUACGAUCAAGAAAUAAAUCGCGUGUGUAAAUAUGUCUCAUGGUGAAAGAAAGUUGUACAGAAAGGCAAAUAUAUAAUACAAGGAAAUCAUAAAAAUGGGAGUGCAGAAUUCAAAACGUUAAGCGCACGACUAAUAUUUCGAAUAUACGCAUCAAAAGAUUCCAAACGCAGCGCAAUGUUUUAGAGAUAUUACACUACAGGUUAAUAAAACUGGAUGUUAAUCGGAGAAUCGAAAGAAGGAGAACAAUGAGAAGGCAGGAUACAGGUGACGAUAUAAUAUCGCAGAAGUCUUUGGAUGUAGUAAAAGUACUUAUACACUUUUUGAAAAAGCACGCUAGAGUGGAAGGAUUAUUCCGGCGAGCAGGACGUCGUGAGGUUCGACGGCAUAUCUUGAAUUCUCUGAAAAAGGGCCAUAAACCACACUUUGAAAAUUCGAAUGCGGCUCUGGAAUGCGCGGCGGCUUUGCAAAUUUUUCUCAGCCGCCUAAAGAAACCAAUUAUGCCGCAGCAUGUGCAAGAAUUAAUCCUUGCUGACAAUCCAGGCGUGGAGGCACAAGUUAUUGCGCAAGAUGCUUUAGGACUUAUUAGACAGGAUGUCGGUGGUCGUCAUGGCGAGCUUCUGAUCCAUGUCCUGGAUCUUUUAAGGCACUUAACUCUGUCAGGACCUCCAUCCGAGUGUUCCGAAUUGCGCGGAUCUCCAUUACCUGUUGCGCUUUUGCCAGUGUUUUUUAAUUUAUCCCCUGAUGACUUAAUAAGAUGGAAACAAGUGGCAGCCAGGUUUAGCGAAUUAAUUACGGAAGCCGCUGCGCAACUGCGUCGCGAUGAACAACAUGGCAGCAUUUGUACGGAUACCAUAAAUUCCACAAGGAGUUACACCGAUAUAGCUUCGAUUUCACCAGAUGAAACUGAAGCAUUAACGAGAUGGCAAGAAUUUUCAUUGUUAUUAUAUCCUAUCAUUCGACUUAGAGAUCAUUGGAAUAUUUGUCACGUUGGCGAAAUGGCACGUGUUCUUAUUACACCGUUACAACGUCCAGUCGUUGGCAGGUUACAUCCGGCAAUUGCUAAUCCUAAUUAAAAACUUGAUAAUCAAUGCAAAUUACUGUAUUUAUAUCGUUGCAAUUUUGUUUAUAAAUUGUCUGUGAAUCGACCGAAUAGCUCACAAUUGUACUUCAAUUAAAAUAUUAUGUCCAUGUGCUGCCAGUGAAUAAUAAUAAUUAUCAAUCUUAAUUAAAACUGAUAAAAUGUACUUGUAAUAAUGAUGUUUAUUUAAACCAGUAAGGAAUUAUUUGCAAACACAUAUAUUUUCAUAUCUUUUCCAGUGCCUCUAUACAUUAAACUGCAAAUAAAAGUUUCAUGUAUUAUAAAUAAAUAACAUUAUAGAAUUGUA